GCCAUGCGUGCCGGCCGCUCGGGACCGCGCCCGGCGAGGCCCGGAGGCCCGCAGUUUGGCCAGCCAUGUUUCUCUUCGCGGCGCUACGGGCCCGCGCGGCCGGCCUCGCCGCCCACUGGGGAAAACAUAUAAGGGAUCUGCAUAAGACAGCUGUUCAGAAUGGAGCUGGAGGAGCCUUAUUUGUGCACAGAGAUACUCCUGAGAAUAAUCCAGAAACUCCAUUUGAUUUCACACCAGAAAACUAUAAGAGGAUAGAGGCCAUUGUGAAAAACUACCCAGAAGGGCAUAAGGCAGCAGCUGUGCUUCCUGUUCUGGAUUUAGCCCAGAGACAGAAUGGAUGGCUGCCCAUCUCUGCUAUGAACAAGGUUGCAGAAAUUUUACAAGUACCUCCAAUGAGAGUGUAUGAAGUAGCAACUUUUUAUACAAUGUAUAAUCGAAAGCCUGUUGGAAAGUAUCACAUUCAAGUCUGCACUACCACACCUUGCAUGCUCCGAAACUCCGACAGCAUACUGGAAGCCAUUCAGAAAAAACUUGGAAUAAAGGUUGGAGAGACUACACCUGACAAACUUUUCACUCUUAUAGAAGUCGAAUGUUUAGGGGCCUGUGUAAAUGCACCAAUGGUUCAAAUAAAUGACAACUACUAUGAGGAUCUGACACCUAAAGAUAUUGAAGAAAUUAUUGAUGAACUGAAGGCUGGCAAAAUCCCAAAACCUGGGCCAAGGAGUGGACGCUUCUCCUGUGAGCCAGCUGGAGGUCUUACCUCUUUGACUGAACCACCAAAAGGACCUGGGUUUGGUGUGCAAGCAGGCCUUUAAUUUAUAUUCGCUGUAAAUAUGUCAGUGGAGAAAUAAAAUAUGAAUCUCCUAUCUACUUAAA